AUGGCUGAUGUAUUCGCCAGCUACGAUCCCAAAUUGCUCAUGUCAAUUUUGACGUCAGCAGCAGCGUCGCGCGAAAAAUCGCCCAAAGACUCGAACACGGAUGGCAGCGAAUCGCCGCCGAUGCCACGUGGCGAAAUGGAAGAAGGAGAAGAGGAUGAGGAGAAUUUUGAGCAGGGUGAUUUUGAGCGCCAAGAGAAGAUUGUGAAGGAGGUGCAGGAAGAAGAUGUGGAGCCGCCGGUGAAGAGAAGGAGAAAACCUGAAGGUUGGUGGGAUCUUUGGGAAGGUCUGGGAAGCAUCUGGGGAUCUUUGGGAGGGUCGGGGAAGUUUUGGGAUCUUUGGGAAGGUUCGGGAAAUUUUUUAGAGGUCCUAAAAAUCUUUUAAAAAAUUUGGACGAUAUUCUAAUUUUGGAAAACUUGUGGGAAGGCUUGGGAACUUCUGAAGACCCUGAAGAAUCUCUGAGAAAGUUUUUAGAGAUCUUUAAAAAAUAAUGUUUAAAGAUUUUGAAAGGUCCGGGAAUUUCUGAAUAUUUUGUUGAUAUUUUUAAAGCUUUUGUAUUUUUUUUUUCGAAUUUAGCCCUUAUUUUUACUCGAAAAUUUAAAUUUUACUAGAAAAAUUCAAAUUUUCGCGCUAAGAUUAAAAAUUUUAAACUUUUCCUAUUUUUCUGAAAGUUCCCGCAACAAAUUUGCUCCUCAAAAAUUUCAAAACACUUUUUUCUAUCAAAUCAAACAAAAAGUACAGUGACCUUUAUUUACCAAAUAGUCCGCUUCCACUACCAGUCUCCCCUUUUUUCUGAGCUCAAGCUAAGCUCAACCAAAAUCGUGUGUCCCAACUAUAACCAGUCAGCUGCUCAAACAUUUGACCAUUGCAAUAUUUCGUUCACCAAAAAUACUACUUUAUAUUUUAUUUUUGGUCAUUUUUGAUUGAAAAGUUUAAACAGCAGGCUGUGACCUUUUUUGGGGGGCUUGGAAAAGACGAAAAGUUGAACCAUCUGUCGACAUAUACAUAUAGUAAUAUACCCGUGCACCAAAAAAAUCACACCGGUUUCGAGGUCAGUCGACUUUUUUCUAGGCGCAGAUGUUUUUGAAAAAAAGUUGGAACACUUAGAUAACUUGAAAAUUGAGUAUGGUUUCCAACGUGCACACGUAGCGCAGUGGUUGUGCGAUAGAUUUCUACGUAGAAGGUAUACCCAACAGGUGGAGGGUUCAAUUCCUAGUGAGGGCGUUUUGCUGAUUUAUUUUUUUUGUCAUAUUUUCAGUCAUAAAUGACGAAUAUUUUUUAUUUUUAUAUUUUCUAACAAACAACCAAGUUUAACCAAAAUAUCGUGACAAUCGUCAUUUCCUCUCUCGCUAUAUAAAAAGUGCAUGAAUGUAUGAAUUAGCCAACAUUUUUGCAAAAUUCUAGCCAAUUUCUAUCAAACAUGUAGAUCAUAUUAUUUUUUUUUGUUUUUUUUCAUGUUUCCCUAGUUUUUCACAACCCCAAGCAAAGAGAAAAAGAAACUUCAAGUCAAAAAAAAUCUGCAUAAAUCACCGUGACACUUAAUUUCGUCGCUCUCUUUCCUUCUUUUUUGUCGCUCCUACUUUUUUGCAUGGGUUACUGUAGAGAGGAGAGGGGUUAAUUAGGCAAAAGAAAAAGAAACAUAUGAUGAUGAUGUGUUAAUAUAUAAGUUGCAAUUUCCUGCCUUUUCUGAAUGACUGACUGAUGAGAGUUACGUAAUGUCGGCACGUGUUUUUGCGGGACAGGAAAUUGAAGGGAGGAAUGGGGAGAGGGUGUGGGAUAAUUAGAAAUUUUGUGUAGAUUAAAAAAAAUUGGGCGCGAAAAAUGAGGUACUGUAUAGCUAGAAGAAAAAUUAUGAAAAUUUUACAUAUCAAACUUCCCCCGCCAAAAACUUCCCCCGCCAAUUGUAGAUCAAAAAAAUGUUUUCCCAAAACUCUACAGUACUGAAAUCACUUCCAGAUUUUCUCUCUCUGAUUUUCCCACCAUAUAUCACGGUCACACUAUUAUCAUAAUAUUUUUAUUGUAUUUUAUGUUAAUCUCAACUUAAUCUCCUCUCUUCACACUAUUUUGUCACCUUAUGUCACCACCCAACAAUACACCAUCAAUCAAAAAAUACUUUCACCCGAGACACAACAAAAAAUCUCUGCUGCGCCAAAAAAAUAUUGGCGGCGCGGCGCGGCGCCUUUGAUCCCCCACUCUUUUCUUUUUAUGAAUAUUUAAUGAGGCUUUUGGGUGAGAUGAGGUGUAUCCUAUUGAAAAAAUGAGAAAAAAAUAGUUUUUUUCGGAGAUGGGCGGGACAGUAUUAUAAGAAUACAGUAAUCCGUUUUGGGGUGAUCAAUCAAAAAAAUAAAAGUUGGAGAGGGCUGGUGUACAGAUGGUGUACACCCACUUGACAGAAAUUUGAUUGUGUUUUUUUUGCAGCCAAGAAUAUUGUACGAGUUUCGGAGAUGACUUGUGAUUCGGACAGAAUUGGAGAGGUUGGUUUCAAAGGGAGGCAGAGAGUAUUACUGUAGAUGGGAGGGGGGUUUAGGGUUGUGAAUUUUUGAAUAAUUUUGUAGACCGAGAGUUUCCGGUUACUGUAGACCCUCCAUUUUUGACGCUAGAAUUCCUAAUUAUAUAAGUUUUGGAUUACUGUGGAUCCUAUGGUUUUUCAAAUUUUGCAGAAGAAUUUUGAGGUUACUGUAGCCGCAAAUUUCUUAUUUCUUAUGCCAAACUUAAAAAUGCUCUAGCAAUCUUUGAAUUACUGUAGAUCCUAAUUUUAGGGGUCAAAAUUCAGAUUUUUUUUGGACGGAUACUGUUUUAGAUCAAACAUUUUUCACAAAGGAUUACUGUAGGUUCAGAUUUUUCUCCAAUUUCAAAUUUCUUUGCCAUCACCAAGUUUUUUUGCCACCCAAAAAAACUUUCAAAUCCUCCACCAAACCGGAAAAUCCAAAAUCCGCAGAUGUUUUUUUUUUGUUUUUUGAUUUUUUUUUUUUGGCAUUAGAGACUCAUUAGAUGUUAUCUCUAAGGAUUUGUAGAAAGUCAUAAAAUUUCGGGGGUGAAACAUGGAAAAAAGUUGGUGGGCGAUGGCAGGUGGUCGCCUUAUGCUAGACAGAUUGUUUUUUUUUUUUGAAUAAAAAAGGGAUUAAAGUGAAUAGGGAACUUUUUUUUGAUACACUUGGAGAAAAACACUUUGCAGACCUUCCCCAACAAUUUUUUCAACGAGCAACUUCGAAUUCUGACAUCUGGAGUGACAUCCAAUUUUUCGGCAACAAAUUCAAAUUCGUCAAAUGGUCCAUCAUCAUCUGAUGACAUUUCCACAUCAUCACAAUUAGCUGCUGCUGUAGCCUCUGCGCCUUUAAAUAAUUCGCCAGCUGAAACCGAGACUGACAUCUCGUCUUCGUCAAAGGUAAGAAGACAUUUUUGACAUUUAUGCAAAUUCUAUUCUCACUUUUUUGGGUAAAAUGUAGUCAAAAUUCAAAUACCGUAGUAAAUAACUCAUAUUUUUUGCUUCUGGGACCAUAACAAUAACAAUAAUCCAUCAUAUUUAUUUUACAAGUUGAAAACGAACACAUCGAGCAAAAUAAUAAUAAUAAUCUUUCGGUUUUCGGUGUCAUUGGUCACGCAAUGUUAGAUAUAUAAAUAAGUAUACUUUUCUUUGGGGAAGCGUAGGAUAUAAUUAAAGUUUUCGCCUCGUUCAACUACGGUAGAUAUAAUGGGGAAAUCUUGAAACAAAAAUUUUUUUUGCAAAAAAAAUAAAUAAAAGUACAGUAGGAGUUUGAAGGCGCACACAAAUAUUCGCUUGGGUCUCGCAGCGAUCCUUCCCGCACACAUGUUUGUUUCAAAAAAUAAAACUUGAAUUUUUUAGCCACACUCGGAAAUCGCUUCACCGUCAUGCACCCCUCCAAAAAGCAACUUGUCCGACGAGUUAUCAAUCUCGACAACACCGACCAUCUCAUUUACACCGAAUGGAAGUAUUCCAUCACCAGGAACCGGCUACUCGUGGAGCAUUAGACGUGGUAGGCUUUUUUUCGAAAGAAAGUUGGGACAAAAAAAACAUUUUCUGAAUAUAUUGAAGAUUUCUAAUUGAAUAACACACAUAUGGGCCUCAUACACUCGCACCAACUUCUUCAACUAACUCAAUUAACAUGUUUUUCAUUACUAACAAGUUUAUUUUUAUAAUAUUACUAAUAUGAAAUCACAGAAACCACUUCACUCGCACAAAAGGGGGAUUUUUGGGGCACUGAUUUUGAGUUGGAUUUGUAAGUAGCGAAAGUUGCAUGCAAAUCUGAGUGAAAAUCAUUUUGAACCUAAUUUCAGCCUAGUAAAGUUACAAUCUUCGAAAGUUCAAAAAUCUCACUCCCCCUUGUUAAUAUCACAUACUAAGUCCCAACUUUCAGAAGGUAAACUCGCUUGUCCGACACCUGGAUGCGAUGGAUCUGGACACCAAACUGGACUCUAUACACAUCAUCGAAGUUUGAGCGGAUGUCCAAGAAGACCCGAUAAAACUGUGAUUCAAAGUAAGUACGAGAAAAGAAGAAGAAGAAGACGAAUAUUAAUGUUUGUUUGCCUUUCUAAUUUCAUGCAUUUUUUGUUUGGAAAAAGAAGGGGCGAACCUGGAAGGCAAAAAAAACCGAGAAGAUUGAACGAUUUUUGGCGGCGAAAGCGAUGAAAACUAAACUCGGAGGAACUUUUGCGAGAUUUUCUGGGGGACCGGAGAGCUUUCUCGAAAUGCCUCGUGGAUUUUUCUGGCAGAAAACAGAAAAAUUUGAUUUUUGAGAAUUGAAAAAACUGUGAAUUCUCAAAAACUCUAAUUUUUGCUGGAAGAAGUCCACGUGGCAAAAUUUUUAAUGAACUUUCACAAUUCUAAUUCUAAUUUUUCGGCAAAAAGUUUUCCACGUGGAAUUUUGAGGUCGAAUAUUAGAUCUUUCACGAAUUUUCAGCCAAAAAAUUAAAAUUUCAAAAAUAAUUUUGCCACGUGAAGUUUUUGGCCAACAAAUUGCAGAAUUUUUGACACGUCGAUUUUUCCUUCAAAAUAAGUAGCUUGCGCAAAUUUUGAAAAAAAUUAUUUUCGAAAAUUUCUUUCGAUCUUCCGAUGAAAUUAAAAACCAGAAUAAAAAUAUUGAUUUUUUAGUAAUAUUCUCUACUCCCAUGUCCAAAACUCUCUCAAAAAUAAUCCAAAUAAUUCCAGUGCUCGCCCUUCGCCAAGACACAGUUCUCCGUUGCACAACACCUGGCUGCUCUGGCAAAGGACACGUGAACGGCAAUCGAACAUCGCAUCGAAGUCUAUCCGGUUGUCCAGUAGCGCAUCAAGAAAAACUCGCUCGAAAAGGCCUAAAAGUGACGCCGCAUCGAAUGAAAACCCCACCAAAACAACUACAUUUCAACCACUUGGAUUCGUGUCAAUCACCACUCGAUUUAUCAGCACAACUCGGAAAUGGUGCUUUCAAUGCACAUAAUUUGAUGGGACUUUUACCGCCUGGAGCUAUGAUGGAUGCGUUGAUGAAUUUGUCGAGGAAUAAUUGUGGAUUGGGAGGAGGAACUGCUUGUAGUGUGAAAAUUGAACAGGAAGAUAGAAAGGUUGGUUUUAUUGAUUUAUUAUGGAAAUGGGGGGGGGGUUGGAUUUAUUGAAAAAAAUUUGAGAAACUUCACGAAAAAUUUUAAUUAUCCCAUAAAUUUCGGUAAUCUCUGAAUGGGGCCCCUGAAUGGGGCCAGUUUCUGAGAAAAUGGGGCCACCUGAAUGGGGCCACUUGUGUGGCAAAUUCCCUCAAUGGGGCCAGCAAGAAAAAAGUAAGAAUUUCUCCCUUUUUCCUGAAUGGGGCCACCUAAAAAGAUGAAACACAUAAUUUCUGCAUAAUUCCUCAAUGGGGCCAUGUAUUUUUUGUGCAUUUCCUGAAUGGGGCCCAUCUUUUCAUUUUUAUACAUCUUGUGACGUCUUAGUGAUCGUGAAUUGAAAUUUCAUGAAAGUUUUCAAAUUUUUUAAUAGCGUAUGUGAGUUAUAACUUACUCAGAUGUUUACCACGUAUGCAAAUGUUGGGUACUGAAGGCAUGGAGCCUCUCUUACAUGAAAAUUCCCCAGUUUCAUGAAUUUUUGAAAUAGUAAAAUUAAAUGAAAUAUUUCUUUUUGGAAUUCAAGUCUUGCUUUUUUCAAACACUCGAAAACUAUCAAAAAUCACAGAGAAAAUUCAGAAUUUUCAAAAAUUGGAGAAAAAAUGUCAAAUGUUUUAUCUCAAAUUUUCGGGUUGCUACGCAUUAAACAAUUCGAAAAAUAUUCACAGAAGCAUGUUUUGAAAAUUGAACCAAAAUCUGGAAGUAGUUCGUUAGAUAAUUCUCACAGAAAUUCUACAUAAAGUUUGAAAACUAUUGAAGAACAUGUCAUAUAAGUUUUCACACCUUGAUAUUUUGGCACCUUGUCCAUAAACAAGAAACAGACAUCGCGCAAAAAAGUGUGUUUUUUUGGAGACCCAGAUGAGUUUUUUGGGAAGUUAUCCAAAAAACUUGUUGUCAACUAGCUAAGAAUACGAUAAUAACCAAAACUUAAUGAAAUGAACAACUUAUUUUAGAAGAAAACAUCAAUUUGAUUAGAGAAAAUAAUUGGGCAAGAAAUGUAAAAGUUUACCCAGAAAAAUUAUUCGAAAUAUUCGAGGAAAAUUUAAAUAUUUUCAUCAUCAGAGACUGAAAAUUUGAGAAAAAGUUACAUUCGAAACGUUUUCAAUGCUGAGAAUAAAAACCACAUCAUAAUAACAUUAUUAAAAAUUUGAAAACUUUCAUGAAAUUUCAAUUCACGAUCACUAUGACGUCACAAGAUGUAUAAAAAUGAAAAGAUGGGCCCCAUUCAGGAAAUGCACAAAAAAUACAUGGCCCCAUUGAGGAAUUAUGCAGAAAUUAUGUGUUUCAUCUUUUUAGGUGGCCCCAUUCAGGAAAAAGGGAGAAAUUCUUACUUUUUUCUUGCUGGCCCCAUUGAGGGAAUUUGCCACACAAGUGGCCCCAUUCAGGUGGCCCCAUUUUCUCAGAAACUGGCCCCAUUCAGGGGCCCCAUUCAGAGAUUGCCUAAAUUUCCAGUAAAUCCUGAUUUUUCAGAUGAAAAAUGGCGAUUUUUGAGCUGAACCGAUGUCUGAGGCUCAAAAAUCGAUAUUUUUCAGAUCUAAAAUUUUCUUUAAAAAAUUUCUUAUUCGAUUAGCUAGAUAUCUUUGAAUUUUUCUAUUAAAAAUCAUAUUUUUGAUAAAAUUUCCCACAUUUUCAUUAAAAUUUGAAAAACAAAAACUUUUUUGCUCAAAAAAUUGAACUUUCCUCUCUCAACCUCAUUUUCAAUUUCCAAUUUUUCAGAACGAAAACAUCAAAAUGCAACUCGCCCCAACUCUCAUCAAACAAGAAGUGAUGAAAGAGGAAGAAGAGGAGAACAUCUCUGUUGAUGAAGAUAUUGAUGUUGCCACCUCAACAUCCAGCGCUUCUACCCUAAUUCAACCAACACCUUCUGCACCAACAACAUCUUCUCCACCCGUCGCUGAAUCUGUGCCAAUCUUCAAAAUGCCACCAUUCGCCUUCUCAACACCAACACCAAAUCCAUCGAUGUUGGUUGCACCCACCCAAAAUACCACACCAACACUUCAACCUCAACCAUUCUUCAAUCCGGCACUUUUGGCGCAAUUCAUGUUGGCGCAAUUGCAAGCUGCUCAACAAGGAUUCUAG